UGUAAAUACCUAAAUGUCCGCAGCAUUCAUUUUCUUGGGCGGUCAGAGUCUCUCUUUCAAGCUUCAAGUAUUGCUCGUACUCGAACACAGUUGAAUGUUCUUCCGCCCAGCCUGCGCGAUUCGGGAAGCCAAAAUGGAUUCUCGAACCAAAUUGAAUUCUCCUUCCGGAAUCCUUUUCAGCACUCGUCUCUGGCCUCAGAAUCAUGAUAAGCAGGACAGCGUCGAAGGAGAUUGCGACUCCCUUUUGAACCCAGAUACUUUCUUGGGAUCAAAGCAAAUUACUUCAGCUUUUGCAGUCCACCAGUGCGAUGAUGGCAGAGCUACAGCCUCCAAUCCCUUCCGAUUACCCCCCUGUCCAGCGGAAGAAAUUUUAAGGGAUGUUGUUAAUUGGAUGAAGAUACUAUUGUCGUGGCACACUGAGCGUGGGAUAAGGGGAGAUCUUGCUUACAAGAACAUUGUUGAGUGCUUUACAACAAUUGUACCAAAAGCCAAAUCAGCUAAGGGGUUUUCGGAUCCUUACCACAUUUUCACUGAAGAUCAAAAAAGGGAAUUUGAGAAAGCUUACAGUGCCACUCACAGUCACUUCCUGGUCAUCGGGGAUAAGUACUAUGAGUAUGUACUUCAUUACGUAGAGAAUAAAAUUGAUUAUCAGACCUUCUUGAGUAAGGUCGUUGGAGCUGCACGAAUUACAGCAGGUGAUCUUGGCCCACUCAGUCCAUAUACUGCUGGUGUCUGUGUGGCAUUGAUGGCGGCACAGGUCAAGAUACUCGGGGAAAAAGGGCAUUCCUACUUAGAUGUCAUUCAUCAUAGUGAAGCUAUAGCUGUAGACGUUCUAAGGCUUCACUUGUGUCCUCCUGUACUGGAUAACAUCCGCACACAACACGCCUUGGAGGAAGUCGACCCGGAACCAAUCAUAAACUUGUCAGUCCCGGUGCAGGCAGCUAAAGAAGUACCUAGGCUGUUUUCUGGACACAGUAUUGGCUCCCCACUGUCAACGCCACUUGAUUUUAUGCCUAAUCGGAAUGUAGAAGCUGUCAGUCCAUGGAAAAUGGAUCCAUAUGGUGAGAGACUUGAUGCCCAAGGAAAAGAGAUAAAUGGCGCUGGAACUAAUUCAGGCUAUGCAGUCUACCAGCGCGUUGAUGGCAGAGCUAAAGCCUCCUAUCCUAAUCCAGAGCGAGGAAUUUUAUUGAGUACUGUUCGUAUGGUUAAGGAGCACUUCUUUAGGAGAUGCACUGAGAAUGGAGUGAACAAAAAUCAUGCUCGCAAGAUCAUUGCUAUGUGCAUUACCGGAACUGCAUCAAGAAUAAUCUCAACUAAGGAGCUUUCGGCUGUUUACAACAUUUUCACUGGAGAUGAAAACAGGGAAUUUGAGAAAGCUCACAAUGACUCAUUCAAUGACUUCCUGGUCUUCUGGGAUGCGUAUCAUCAGGGUCAAUUUCCUCACCUUAUGGGUGAAAUUGGUGAGGUGUCCACAUUCGGUGCUGAUCAACUUGAUCUUGGCUCACUCUGUCCGUAUACUGUUGGUGUCUCUGUGGCAUUUAUAAGGGCACAGGUCGAGAUACUCGAGGACCAAGGGCAUUCCUACUUAGAAAUCAUUAACAAUAGUGUCAAAGAAACUGUCGACAUUCUGAAUAUUUGCAUCGAACUCGCCUUGGGGAGAGUCGACCAGGAACCAAUGCCCCGCAACCUAUCAGACCCAGUGCAUGGAACAACUGGAACUUCUGCUCAGAUCAGAAACGAAGAAGAGAUUUCGGUGCCACCCAAUGCAGAUUCUGUGUCAGUGCAUGGAAGUGCUGACUCUAAUCAUACUUGGUUUUUGCAGAAGCAAUUGGGCAAAAUUGUUCCGAUCUGCAAGGUGGUUUUUGGUCAUGGCAGACUACUCUGUGGUUUUGCUUGUGCCUAUUUAUUGGCAAGGGGUGUAUUUGGGCUUCACUUCAACUACUCGGGUCAAGGCUUUUCGCUACGUGGGCAACAAGAUCGCGCCAUUGUGCAUCGUGGGUUCUCGCUCAAUGCAUGGUUCGGAGCGCAAAAACACGAAAGGUUGUCCAUGGAAAAUCUAGCUGACUGCCUUGUUGGAGUUCAUAUUUCUCAAGGAAGUCUACGUGGAAGGCGUCGGAAGGAAGAAGUUUCUCUACCAGCUGACUUUUGUCUUUGCGCAAAUGCUGACAGCCAAUCCGCACCUCAAGUUUACGUGUUAAGACUCAUUAUAUGUCAGCUUUUGAAAUGUCUUAAUUAUGUUUCGUACAAGUCUCCUAUUCUAGUUUUAUUUCCCACUCCCCAAAUAUGA